GGAAUCACCGAGCACGAGUCCUCUCUCCAAGGAGGAGAGGGGAGAGAAGGCAAGCAAGCAGGGCAGGGAGCCCAAGAGCUCGCGCGACUCCCGAGGCGAUCGAGGGAAGCGCCGCCACUCCUGCUCCCCUUCCGUAAUUCGUCCUCGGGAUAUGAACGGCGGAACUUCGGUUUUUAGCAGCAGCUAGAGGAUAGUUUGGAGUAAGCUUUUCAUUCAGGAUACAAUGGGUGGCUGCUGUUGCUGUUCAUCAAGAGCAUCUGAAUCAGAUAGAGCUCCAGUUCAUAUCUACCAUCGACAAAAUCCUGAGGAGCAUGAACCCUUGUCUUCAGCCUUUGAUGGAGCAUCUCCAACUUCUGCUAUAGUUGCAGUUGACACAAAUCUUGAUACAUCCACUCUUGACACUUACCGAGCACCACCUGCACCUUUGCCUUAUGAUGUUGGCCUGAAGGUUGCAGAGAAUCCUGAUCCAUUUGCAGAUUUGGAAAAGUCAGACAUUAAAACCAAAACUGAAGGGCAGCAGUCCCCAAAGGUGGGUGAAUUUGAGUCAUGCGAAAAAGGUACCCUCGAGGAUAAGCCUGAUGAGGAGGAUGUUUGUCCAAUCUGUCUUGAAGAAUAUGAUGAAGAAAAUCCCCGUUCUAUCACCAAAUGCGAGCAUCAUUUCCAUCUCUGUUGCAUUCUUGAAUGGAUGGAGAGAAGCGAUACUUGCCCAGUUUGCGACCAGAUAACUCUGAUAGAUGAGAUGUACGAAUAGCAUUGUUGACUGUGGUGGAUCCAUUCUUGGUGGCGGUGUCUGUUGAGUUGGCUUGACGCUAGGAUUCUUUUGGUGAGCAAGUACUCUGCUCUUGAGAUGGGUGGAGACGCUGAUAGGAUGAAUUUUGGGAAAUAAUUUAUAGAAGAAAAUGACAUGGAUUGGGUUAAAAUUAUCUCUGUUCUGGUUACCUUUUGUGUGGAGCCCUGCUGUUCACGACAGCUGGAGGGUUACCCAGGUGCUAGAUGGCAAAUACAUGUAUCCACCACUGCUGGUUGGUUCUUUAGUGAGUUGAUGAAAGUUAAUACCCUGAAAUUUGCUCCCUGGUUUUCUUUUGGUUCU